ACGCGCUUUCCCGUGCGCCUCUACCGGAGGGGGGAGAGGAAGGCACCGAGGCGCCUUCCCAGCUCCUGGCAGCAGCACAAGUGGCACGAGACGUAUCUUCGUCUUGGGGCACGGUCGUGAGCAGAGAGCAGCUCCUAGACGCUCAGAGAGCGGACGGCCUUUGUCAGCGGGUGUCUCAAUGGUUAGCUGAGCAGGACUCGGCAGGCACCGGAACGACUGACGGACGGCACGACUCCUAUCUGCUGGGCGAGGAUGGCAUCCUGUUCAGAUACAUACCCCAGGCGGAUGACGAUGACGGCUCAUCCCCAUUCAGAGUCGUGGUGCCACGGAAGUUGCAUGGCUCCACGUCACAACCAGACCGGCCGGAGCAGUAGCCGAGGGUGCUCCCGCCAGAGGACACAGAGGCCCACCAACACCCCUCCAGGGACACCUCCUUCGGCCAGGCCACCGCAGCCUCGACGACGCUUGCCUCCGAGGAACAUUGCUACAUGGACCGUGGUUGCGGAUGGGUACCCAGUGGCAUGGGCCUCCCGGUCGCGCUGGGCCUCCCAGCACCAACCCUUGCGCGGCGAUGACCUCAACGAAGUGCCUCGGCCCUUCAGGGGCCUUACGUUGGAGGAGAGGCAUCCGGCGGACCCUCUCUCCCCCUUGUCCGAAGAGGAACGGCGGGCACUCUGCCCUAUGUGUGCGGUGCCGGAGAUCCACCGAUCCGCUCAUCGCCGAGGACGCCUACAUCAGUCCCGACUCGAUGCAGCACGCGCAGCACGCAGGGAGCGUGCGGCGGCGAACGACAUCGCGGCGGCUGUCGCACUCCUCCAGCGCCAACGCCCAGACCUCCUGAACGUUCCGGCUGCCCCUCCACCCCGUCUUCCCGGGGACUGCGUCAUCGAUAUGCCGGACGACGUGUGAGGACCGCUCGACUACCUGACCCUGGUCGCCGUUUGGUGCCGCGUUGGGACCUCCGGGGGCGAGGCCCCAAGGACUUUCCGGUGGCUACUGCCAUUUGUAGACGUCAGGUCGACCUCUGGUCCUUCUUCACAUGAACUUUUCGUCUCUUCAUCUUAUCUUAGUGAGCGGGUC